AUGGCGGACCCAUUCUCGGAGAAGGACGAGGUGGACCCGAAGAUCGUGCUAGCUAGGAAGAGGUUCUUGUUGAAGCACAAGGACAUCGAGGGCGUCGACCGGAAGAAGGAGCUGGAGGAGGCGGUCAAGAUUUGCGAGGAUGGUGCCCGCACGCACCUCUACUCGCACCUGUGCAAGACGCUGGGGCUCAAGGAGGACGCCGCGAAGGUCAAGGCGAUGAAGGAGGCGAACAAGAAGAAGGAGGAGGAGAUCGAGGAGAAGAAGAAGGAGGCGGAGGAGCGCGGCGGCGACACCGACAUGCGCGACGUGCAUCUCGCCCGCGCCGACUACCUGGCGAGCAUCGGAGACCUCAAGGGGGCGAUCGAGGCGUACAAGGUUCCGUCGAUGAAGUCCAUGUCCCUCGGGCAGCGCCUCGACAGCGUCUUCGCGGUGCUGCGCCUCGCGAUCGCCUACGACGACUGGCGCCUGGUGCGCGAGAAGCUGGACGACGCGCGCGCGCUGUUCGAGCAGGGCGCGGACUGGGAGCGCAAGAACCGCCUGAAGGUCUACGAGGCCGUGUACCUGCUCGCCGUCCGGCGCUACAAGCAGGCGUGCGCGCUCUUCCUGGACGCCGUCGCGACGUUCACGACGACCGAGCUCAUGACGUACCGGUCGUGCAUCCGGUACACCGUGCUCACCGCGCUCAUCUCGCUCCCGCGGCCGGAGCUCCGCGCCAAGGUCGUGGACUCCCCCGAGGUCCUGUCGGUCAUCGAGCACCUGAGUCCCCUGGGGGACUUGCUCAGCUCGUUCUACGGGUGCAAGUACGCCGACUUCUUCGUGGCGCUCGACAAGGUCACGCGCACGCUCGUCACCGACACGCUCCUCCACACGCACCACCGUUGGUACCUGCGCGAGAUCCGCGUCAAGGCAUUCCGGCAGUAUCUGGAGCCGUUCAAGAGCGUGCGGCUGGGGAGCAUGGCCGCGGCGUUCGGGCUGCCGGAGGACGACGUGGACCGCGAGCUCGCGGACCUGAUCGUCGCGGGGCGCGUGGCGUGCAAGAUUGACCGCGUGGCGGGGGUCGUGGAGACGUCGCGGCCCGACACGCAGAACGCGCUCUACCAGCGGUGCAUCCGGCAGGGCGACGCGCUGCUGAACCGCGUGCAGAAGCUCUCCAAGGUCAUCGACCUGGAGUGA